AUGCUUACGGGUAUUCAACAAAAUUCUGAUCCACAUUGGACAAUAAAUGCUGAAAUAAAUAAAAAUUAUGCUUUAUGCGAUACAUAUCCAGAUAUACUUGUUCUUCCGUCCAGUUUUGAUAUAUCAAGAUUACAACGUGUUGCUGAUUUUCGUAGUCGAAAUCGUAUUCCGGUACUUAGUUGGUAUUCUCGUGAAACUUAUGCAACUAUAACACGAUCAAGUCAACCAUUGACUGGUUUAGCUAAUCGAACGUGUGAAGAUGAUAUUGAAUUAUUACGUAAAAUAGCUGAUGCUAAUGUAAAUCAAGGUUUUAAAUUAGUUAUACUUGAUGCACGUCCGAAAGUUAAUGCUAUGGCAAAUAUGGCUAAUGGUGGUGGUUAUGAAGAUUAUCCAAAUUGUGAACUUGAAUUUCAUAAUAUACAAAAUAUUCAUGUUAUGAGAGAAAGUUUAAGAAAAUUACAUGCUGCUGUACGUAAUGCUGCACAUGAAGAUAAAACAUGGCUUAGUGAUUUAGAAAAUUCUAAUUGGUUAUUUCAUAUUCGAGCUGUUUUAACUGCUGCUAUUCGAUUAGUUUCAUUGGUUCAUAAUGAAAAACGUUCAGUAUUAGUUCAUUGUUCAGAUGGAUGGGAUCGAACAGCACAAUUGACUUCAUUAGCUAUGUUAAUGCUUGAUGCACAUUAUAGAACAUUAAAUGGUUAUAUGAUUUUAAUAGAAAAAGAAUGGCUUAGUUUUGGUCAUAAAUUUUUUUUACGUAUUGGUCAUGGAGAUAAAAGUGAUUCGGAACGAUCACCAGUUUUUCUUCAAUUUCUUGAUUGUACAUUUCAAUUAUCACAACAGGAUAUGGGACCGAAUACAGCNAUUCAUACUUAUGAUCUUCGUGAUACAUCUAAUCGUUCUGAUCGUUAUAUGAAACGUGAUGAAUUUAAUUAUUUGGAAACAUUACAAAAACUUGGUCUUGAUGAUACAAUAGGUCAAGAUCGUGAUAGUGAUACAGAAAAUAAUGAUGCAUCUGAAUCUUAUGGUUUACAAUUAUCGUAUAUAACACUUCGAUUACUUCGUAUACGUACAUUACGUGAUCGUUGUUUACAUGAAUUUAAUUAUUUACGUUCAAUACAACGAACAUUAACUAUAUAUGAACAACGUUUAACAAUGACAUCAAAAGGUAAAGAAUUUCAUUCUAUUGAUCAACGUUUUAGUCAUUAUAUACCACAUACAUAUUUAUUUGAUACACCACAUCAAUGUACAUUUGAUAUAUUAAAUUAUAUGCAAUCAGGUGAACAUAUUGAUAAUGUUGAUGAUUAUGCAUAUGAAACAACAAUUGAUAAUGAUGGUUCAAUAGUACAUAUAAAAGAUUCAACUGGUUUACAUAUAAUAUAUGAUUGUGCAUUUAAUGAUGUUAAUGAACUUGAACAAGAAAUGAUUUGUAUAGGUUCAUAUUUUAUUGAAAAAGCUUCUUUAAAAUAUGAAAAAGAUAAUGAUUUUCAACGAAAAAUUGAUCGUUUUGAAAUACUUUAUAAUUUAUGGGAAUAUGAAAUUAAUUAUUUACAAUAUAAACGUAAAUUAAUUGAUUGUUUUUAUGAAAUUUAUCAACAUACAUUUGAUCAUGAUGAACGUCAUCUUAUAGGUCAAACAAUAAUUGAUAUUAUAGCUCGUCGUCCACGUAUUGAUUUUCGAAAUGAUAAUUAUUUUUCUCAUUCAUAUUCAUUAGAAAUUCAUUUACUUAAUCAAUAUUUAUCUUUAAUACGUGAAUAUAUUGAUCGACAUAUAAUUUAUAUGCGUCAAAUAACUGAAAAUCUUUUUGAUUCAACAGAUUAUGGUUCAUAUUUUUCUGCAACACGUUUACAAUCAUCACCACCAAUUUAUUUAAGUGUAUCAAAAAUUCAUAGUUAUCAUUUAUUUGAAUUUCUUGAAUCUUUAUCAUCAUUAACACGUUUACCAUAUUUAUUAAAACAAACAUUUAAUGAACUUAUUGAAUUUGAACAAUUACAACGUCAAACAAAUCUUUCAUUAACAGAAAAAAUUCUUUAUGAACUUGAAUAUAUUGAUGAAAUUUAUUUAACAUAUAAACAACUUGAUCAACCAGGUGCAAUGUUUUCAUCAAAUCAACAACGUGAUAUAUUUAAUACAUUAUAUAGUGAUCAUCCAACAAUGAUGGGAAAAUUUGCAUAUGAAAUUUUAAAACAAAUUGAUGAAGCUCGAACAACAAAAAAAGAACAAUAUGAAAAAUUUAUUAAAUUAAAUACAAAUUUAAUUGAAUUAUUAACAUUACGUUAUCGUUUAAUACGUUCAGCAAGUGAAUGUGAAUUAUUAACUAAAAUUUAUAAACAACAACUUGAUAUUAUGUCAAUUGAUCAUUCACAUUUAUUUUUACGUUAUGUACAAUUUGAAUUUGCACAACCAAGAAAUUUACCAAAUACAGAUAAUGAAUAUGAUAAUGAACCAAGUCAUAUAGCUGAUGGUCGUUUAGAUAAAAUAACUGGACAAAAACAUUUAUUAUUAGCUGUACAAGAACUUGAUGAAAGUUCUAUUGGACGAAUUAGUUUUAGACAAAAAGAUCAAUGGUUAACAUUAAUUAAUGAUGCUGAUGAUGUUAUUAAUAAUUUAAAAAUUGCAUUAAGAUUACAAAUUAUGCAUAAUCAUUUUGUUUAUACAGCUAUUCUUCAACAUCGAGUAGCUAUUGUAUGUAUUACACAACAAUUACAAAGUAUUAAAGUAGAUACUGGUUCAGAACAAACAAAAACUCCACCAAUAGGAAAACGACAAAAUUCAGGUAAUUUUAUCAUUCAUUACUAUCAGAAAUAA